AUUGCUAGGCGGCGCUGUGAGACCACCCGGUGACAGGUAGGCGUGUUAGUGAGGUCAAGAUGGCGGCUAGUGGUGAAAAUGACGUUCAGCAACCUUUGGUCAAACCGACUCGAGAGAAAGUUGACACAUACGGGUUCACACGACCGGAGGAUUUUGACUAUGAGACGUAUGAAGAGUUCAUGUCCAGAUACCUGUCUGUGCUGGCCAGGAGGGCCUCCAGAUGGAACGGACUUCUCAAGGGGAGGAAGGCUAUCAACAGGUCCUUCAAGGUGAAGAGAUUUAUCAGAAAAGGCAUUCCUGCAGAGCACAGAGGCAUGGUUUGGAUGGAAGUGAGCGGGGCCCAGCACAAGAUGGAGACUAACCCUGAUGUGUACUCAGGCCUGCUGAAUGGACAGAAGGACCAGCAACUGUUAGACACCAUCAACACAGAUAUCCACAGAACGUUCCCGGAGAACAUCUACUUCUGCGACGCCUCCAGAGAGAGUAAGAGAGUUGCCCUGUACAACAUUCUGGUCGCGUUUGGCCACCACAACAAGACAGUUGGUUACUGCCAGGGCCUGAACUUUAUAGUGGCCAUCUUCCUGCUGAUCCUGAAGGAUGAGGAACAGGCCUUCUGGCUGCUGGUUGAAGAACCCGACAGUGUCUGCAGUGAUAGAGAAGGAAGGCAUGCCAUGGUCCAUCCUCGUCACAAAGUGGUUCGUCUGUCUGUACAUCGAUGUCCUGCCUAUAGAGACUGUUUUGAGAAUUUGGGACUGCCUGUUCUACGAGGGGUCGAAGAUCCUGUUCAGAGUUGCCCUGACGAUGAUCAAGCGUAACGAAGCGACCAUCGCUGCAGCCACAAGCUUCCCUGGAAUCCUGGAGGCCUUCAAACAGUGUACCCAGGAUAGCAUCAUCACGGACUGUCAUGCCUUCAUGCAGGCCAUCUUCGCAGACCCCGGCCCCCUCCCCAUGGCACAGAUCCUGAAACUCAGACAGGAAUGUGAAGCCAAGAUCAGCUAACGUGGCAGGAGGUAGCUGUGUAGCGACCAGGGCUGUCUCCAGCUUUUAUCUUUUUCUGUCACACUCAUUUUUGGGAGUCCAUCUUCUUGUUUUCUGUUGCAGAUUUUGUUGUUAAAUCUAUCAUUUCAAGGUUACAUAUACUAUAUUUCCAUCAAUCUCAUGCCAUUGAGUGAUUUUUUGACAGACAGGGUAUUUUUUUCUCCAACUCAACAUUCACAACAUGCAAAUUUCCGUCCCUGGAUGGAAGGAUGGGUCCUGGAGACGGCCCUGCAAGUGACUCAGAUAAACAACCCACCAGCACUGUUACCGGUAGCCUCUUCCUACUAAGGCUAACGUCACAUUUACAAACUGGAUUAAGAGUCAGUUAAAGUUUUGUAAAGAUCAAAAUCAAGAAAAGUUUCCAUCAAAUUCAAAAGCUUCAAGCAGGCCAUGGCAAUUGCUUUUGAACCGUGCAUUGAAGUUUCCAGCCAUUUUUUUGCUAGUGUUAGGAUUUAGCUGUUAGUUUUAAUUACAAAGUUAGUAUUAACUUAAGAAUUUGAUUUGAUCAGAGAAAAGCAGCCACAUGACAGACAACUGGGGUUGUGCAAUUCAACGAUGCUGUAUAAUUUAGUCACAGACAUUGUCAUUGUUAUGAACACGUCCUUUCCACUGAAAGCUGUAACGGUUGAGGGACCAAAACUUGGACAGGCGCUUAACAAAUUUCACAGAUAAAGAACAGUUUUUUAAAAUUAUUUCUUGUGUUUUGUUAUUUU